CACCGCGCCAUGGCCACAGGACCGUCUGUUACCGCAAACACUAGUCUUCACAUGGAUUACGAGACCAAGAUUUUCCCCCGCACCGGCGGUUAUGGACGCUAUAACCGGAUCGUGGUCGUGUUCAGCUGGUUCCCCAACUUCGCGGUCAUGCUGAAUCUAUUCAGCGACGUUUUUUACACCCUAAUCCCGGACUCGUACCACUGCAAACCCGACCCGCAGCUCCUGCCCUCCACCUUCCUCCUCAGUAACUUCACCAAACAGGGGUACCUGAACUACACCAUCCCCUGGGUGAACGGCACCGGCCUCAGCCACUGUGAACUGUUCAAGUACACAUCCAACACCUCGGACUUUUCCGAAAAUGUGCCCCGGGAGAGGGUCUCCUGCACCAAAGGCUGGGAGUACGCCCAUGUCGCCGGGCUCCAGAGCAACUUUGUCACUGAGUGGAACCUGGUUUGCCACGACUACUGGAAAAUCCCUUUUCAGCAUAUCUGCUUCAUGACGGGAUGGAUUAUAGGAUACAUCUUCCUUGGUACAUUGUGCGACUGGUUGGGUCGUCGACGAUGUUUCCUCCUCUCCAUCAGCCUGUCCAGUCUGUUCGGGGUGGCCGUGUGUUUGUCCAGCAGUGCCGUGGUGUUUCUGCUGCUGCGUCUCUCUCAGGGCGCCAUGCUCGCAGGGGUGUUUUUGUCCUCGUACAUUGCCAGGUUGGAGCUGUGUGACCCUCCCCAUCGUCUCAUGGUUGCCAUGGUCAGCGGCGUCUUCGCCGUGUUCGCAGAGCUGCUGUUGCCGGGCAUCGCCGUGCUGUGCCGCGACUGGCCCGUUCUCCAGGCUGUGGCCACUUUGCCUCUGCUCCUGCUGCUCUCCUAUUGGUGCUGUGCAUCACUAUUUCCUGAGUCUCCUCGCUGGCUGCUGGCCUCAGGUCAGAUCCCCCAGGCGAAGAGGAGCCUCCAGGAAUUCUCCACCAGGAAUGGUGUUUGUCUGCUAGAUGAAAUUUACCCCGGUGAAACCCUGCUCUCAGAGAUGGAUUUGGUGUAUAGAGAAGACUUUCAGCCGAGGUACUUCUCAGUUCUGGAGCUGCGACGGACUCGUGUGAUCUGGAAGAACUGCCUCAUCCUCAGCUUCACACUGUUCAUUGGAACAGGCGUCCAGUACUGCUUCACCAGAAACCUGCACAGUUACUCCACCAACUUCUACUUCAGCUACUUUCUGCGAGUGAUGAUGGGAGCACUGGCCUGCAUCUUCAUCUGCUUGUCCGUCAAUCACUUUGGUCGCCGUGGAAUGCUUCUGCUCUCUGCCAUCAUCACUGGACUGUCAUCGCUGCUGCUGCUGGCCCUCACUCAGUACCUGCGUGGUGGCCUGGUUCUGGUGCUCUCUGUCGUGGGUCUGCUCUUCUCUCAGGCUCUCGCCAUGCUCAGCAUCUUCUUCGCCUGUGAGGUGAUGCCGACCGUGGUUCGGGGCGGCUGCCUCGGCCUGGUGUUGGCAGCGGGUUGCGUUGGCAUGGCCGCCUCCUCCCUGAUGGAGCUCCAGAAUAACGGCGGCUACUUCCUCCACCACGUCAUCUUCGCCUCCUUCGCUGUCCUGUCUGUCCUCUGUAUAAUGCUCCUCCCUGAAAGCAAACGUAAGCCGCUCCCAGACUCCCUGAAGGAGGGCGAGAGCCAGCGCCGGCCUCCUCUCUUCCUGUCCCGGCCCGACAGGGACAACCUGCCGUUGCUGUGCACCCGGCCCCCGUUGUCGGAGUACAACCCCGAUAACUAUUCCCGCUUGGUCUCUGCCACCAGGAAGAUGUUGACUAAAGAUAAUUUGCCUUACAGGAUCGCUGUUCACCCCCCUCUGCUGUCAGACAGUGAAACACAGGGACAAGAGAAUGAGACACUGAGAGAGGUCGUGUCUUAACGCUUCCUCACCCCCCUCUGAACAGACUUGGAUUAUCCCUCCUCCUCCAGCUUCUAGACAUACCUCUACAGACGGUUUACAACAUCCUUUAUUUAAUUAUUGUCUGGUUGGUCAUAACUCGACUGGCCGAAGAACCUCGGUUUGGAUGCUGCGCAGUUAACAGCGAUGGCUCUAAUCGCUCUACUUUCUAACAAUGGAUCUCUUCUUGUUAUGUUUUACACAUGAAGUCGUUACUGUGCGUUUUUUCAGCAGUGGCCUUAUUUAAGUAACUUUUUUUGUCAUCUAGAACUUUACGAGGGCUAGAAAAGUCCCCCUUGAGCUGUAAAAUUGUAUUUUUAUUUGUUGUAUGCUUUGUUCCCUUUAAAAAGAUCACACUGCUCAGAGGUUUGUGUGGAGCCGCAUCGUCAGACACGAGUUUGACCAGAGAAGCUCGCUCAACUGUGCAGCGUCUGUCGAUCAUGUGAGCAGCGGCCUUUCGUCCUUUUAUUAGUAACUCAUGCACUUUUCAUUAAGUCUGUCCAUCUGAUUCACUCGCAGUGUGUUGGUGCCGAGAGGAUCCCGAGGAGCAGCGGGACACACAAGACUGGUUUCAUGCUGUUGUUGUGGAGUCCUGUGUUACACUUGUGAAGCACACAAGAGGGCGCUAAAUGACGCACUGGUCAUUGAAUAUGAUGAUGGAUACUCCUCUGCCGAACCUUGUCAUUGCAAAUAUUUCAUAUAGAAGUAUUUGGCCAAAUGUUGGGAUGUGAAAUUAACAGCAGAUGAUGGUGAAGUCUGUUGCUGACAAGCUUCUCUUCUCUAUAAACCACUGUUAGGUCACAAGUUAUUAUUUAAAGGUGCUAUUUUUUAAAUAAAGUAGCUGAUGGAUUUGCAGAUGUACUAACCACUGUAGGUAGCAGACAGAUGUCAAAAUGAAACUGUGCUUUCAGUGCUUCAGAAUUUAACUGGAGGGCACUCGAUACGUUUCCCUGAUAUGAGUCUUCUUCCUUUAUGUUGUUUCAUAAUUGAUAUUUCAUGUUAAACAGUGAGGACAUUCUGCCUGCUAACAUCUUAACAUUGUUGCUGAAAGGAUGUUGAACUCUUCAAGGUUGGUGUGCGUGCGUGUUUGACAGGAGAUAAACACUACUUGAUUGGCCUUCAGGAGGUGCCAUUGUGUAAUAGUCAACUUGGAAUUUCACCUCCAGCGAGCAAAGAAAGGUGCUUUUGUGUUAGUUGAAGGUCCCACAGUUUAUCAGAGAAACUCCUGUUACCAUUUGUUUUUGUGUCGUAACUCUCUUUACGUAAGCUGUUGUUGUUGUCAAGUGAAAACAUUAGUAAGUAAGAAAUAUUGACAUUGUCUCAAUCAGCUGCAGUUAUCUACCCCAAAGUAAAUUAAAUUCAGAACAUGCAAAUCACCAUAAUUGAAGUAAAGAAGCCACAGGAAUGUUUUGUAUUGCUCAGGUGUUACCCUCCCACAACACUAGAUGGAGCUCUUCUGCAAGAAAUAUGGACACGUACUGUAGUACUUCCUGUCAAAAUGUCAGUAUACUGAUGUUGAGGAGUAUUUUUGUGUGUAUGUGCGUUCAGAUUACACUUGUGUGAUAUUUACCAACGGAAGUCCCU